GAAAAUUCUGAGGCAGAAAGCAGCACAAGCAAGCGCGUAAAAUCCGAGGAGCCUGGGGUUUCCAUUAAAGCGGAACCCGAACCCGAUACUCCUGUUCAGGUUAAGGCAGAGCCCGUAGAGGAAGCAGAUGAACCCGCUGUUGAACCCACUAGCAGUGGUUCUACAAUCCCGGCGAGAACAGAACCAACCGCCAAUGGAAACCCACCUGCAGCGGCGGUGGUGAAGACCGAACCCACUAGUUCCAAUGGACAGGCCGGUGACUCUUCAGUCUCCUCGAGCAGCACCCGGAUUUCUUGCCGCUUCGGAAUCCGAUGCUACAGACGAAACCCAGCUCAUCGAAGUGCAGAAGCUCAUCCAGGAGACCAGGACUAUCGGCGUCCAAACUUCCCAGAGCCGCCGCUCGGAACUCCCGCUUGUCCCUUCGGCAACGCCUGCUAUCGCCGCAAUCCAGUCCACUUUCAGCAACACUCUCAUCCGGCGGAUUUCAAUUCCGCGCAGAACAUUAGCAAUCGCCUGCGCCAACGACGAGCCCAGAUUCAGAAUAAUCAGGACUCUGGAACGGAAGAGGAAGAGGAGGACCCGUUCGGAGGCGACAAUGACGAAGACGCGGACUAUCGCCCAGGCGCAGAUAUUGACGAAGAUGAGGAUGAUGAGCUGGAGUUUGAAAGCCAACGCAUAAACAGUGAUGAUUAUGAUUAAACUACCCAUUCGAAUUCGUUGUUAACUUAGAUCAUAAGCUACAUUUACCAAAUAGUUGAUUCAAUAUAUAUAUAUUCCAUUGUUGUAAACUUA